AUGAGAAAUGAAAAAAAUAAAAUAAAUUAACCUUUAUUUCUGAUGAUGUCAUAAUUAGGGGAAUCUGAGAAGCUGUCUUGUCUGACCUCAGGAUUUGUUGAUAGUGCUCUACAACAACCUGAGGGGAAUGUUGACCAUGACAUUUAAGGAAAUUAGAAAGAAAGAAAGAAAGAAAGAAAGAAAGAGACAAAGAUUUAAGGUCUAGUAACAAGGACAACUCUCAGAUACCUAGUUAAGGCAAGUUACUUAAGGGAAGAAUGUGUGUGUAUGUAAUGA